CGGUCAGUGUUGUUUGCCAUCCUGCAGUUCCAAAGGUGAGACGAAGAAGAAGUCGACUGGAGCUAUAUUUUUAAAUGGCCACCGCGGCCCCCCCUCCUCCGGCGGCUGCCUCCACCGGAGCCGCCGAGAGCGCCGGUCCGGGAUCCAGCAGCGCUGCGGCAGCGGACGGAGGCAACCAGGACAGCACUUUUGAGUGCAACAUUUGUCUGGACACCGCCAAGGAUGCUGUGAUCAGCCUGUGUGGACACCUCUUCUGCUGGCCUUGUUUGCACCAGUGGUUAGAGACGCGACCCAGCAGGCAAGUGUGCCCAGUGUGCAAAGCCGGUAUCAGCAAGGACAAGGUCAUCCCCUUAUAUGGGCGAGGAAGUACUGGUCAGCAGGACCCCAGAGAAAAAACACCCCCACGACCACAAGGGCAAAGGCCUGAGCCAGAAAACCGCGGCGGAUUUCAGGGAUUCGGUUUUGGAGACGGAGGGUUUCAGAUGUCCUUUGGAAUUGGUGCUUUUCCCUUUGGUAUUUUUGCCACAGUCUUUAACAUAAACGACGGCAGACCACCUCCAGCUGCCCCGGGAACACCACAGCACACGGACGAGCAGUUCUUGUCUCGACUAUUCAUCUUGGUCGCUGUGGUCACCAUGUUUUGGCUCCUCAUAGCAUGAACACUUGUAAGGACCGCCUCAAAUGGAACAUUUAGAGACUUUAACAGUUGCUUCACGCCCUAAACAGCUAUGCUAAUCUCAGCAAUCACAAUGAACACGCACACAAGUGAUAGACUGAUACAAGUUGAUAACAGUGGUGGAGUGUUGCAUUCAGACAGUGCAGUUUCUACUUGGUGUUGAAUUGUACCAGAAUCUUUAAACCAGAGUACAGAUGGGCGAGAUGGCCUAAAAUCUAUAUAGCCAAAUAUUUAGCAGCCUCCUGCAAUAAUGAUAUAUAUCACCAAAGAUUAUUUGGUGUGUAAAUGAUUAAGGUUGUGUGAUAUACCGUAUUUUUCGGACUAUAAGUCGCUCCGGGGUAUAAGUCGCACCGGCCGAAAAUGCAUAAUAAAGAAGGAAAAAACAUA